AUUUCAUUUCUGCCUUUUGAAAGGCCCUUUUCUGUUAUUUUGUUACAUUAAGAUUUGUCCUUUUCAAGUGGUGACAUCUAUGCCAACUACGGAGGGAAAUUAUUAAAUUUUACAGUUUUAACAAUUAGUCCACUCUGAUGACUCCCCCUGAAGGGAAAAGGGUGAAAGGCUAAAGGGAAUCACUAGACUUUAGGAAAUACUGUAAUCUAUUAAAAAAAUUAAGUAAAUAAUAAUUUUUAGGCUAUUCUGAUGCGAAUUAUUUCUAAUUUUAAUGAUCUGAGGACUUAGUAACGUGUUAAAAACAUUAGAAUGUCAAAAAUAAGGCAAAAAAUAUAAAUCUAAACAAGAAAUAGAAUUGGAAAAGUAUCGAUAAGUAUAUCAGAUAUUAAGAUUGGUAUCGAUAAUAUUGCUUUAACACUAUCCCGAAACAUUUUCUCGUUUGCUAGCAAGCUCUACCAACAAGCUAAGCUACAAGUUAACGACUCAAUCCCUAUUGAAACCUAUUUAGCAGUGAUUUAUUAACAAAAUAGUGAAUUAUUUUUAUACUAAAGCAAAUAUGGAUACAGUUGGCCGAUUGAAGCGUCCAAUUACAGAGGCAAGUGAUCCUUUAAAAAUGUUGAUCUGCAAAAAUUGUAGACAAGAUGAGGUUGUUUUAAACCUCAGAACUUGUGGAUGCAUUCUAUGUGAAUCAUGUCACGAUGAUUCUCCCGAUAAAUGUAUCUCUUGCCGAUCUAACGUUGAUCCAAAGAUGAAGUUAUCAUUCUCAAAGAAUUUAAAAUGCAAGUUCUAUGAUAUCCACAAGUGCUUCAAUAGUGCCGAAUACAGAUGUAAAUGUAUUCAAAGCUUUCUCUGUGGUCUAUGUCUCCACUCCACUCACAAGAAAAAGGUGCGCGGAUCUUGUGAUCCUGAAAUUUUGAGACCCAAUGUUACCAGUGCGAAUGAAACAUGUGAAAUGUGCAAUGAAUUUAUCGCUGAGUUCAAAAUGGUUUCGGAACCAUUCACGAAAAUUUGCUUCAACUGUAGGGUAAAUAAAAACAUUGCAUGUGUUCCAUAUGAAAAAAAAUGUAAUACAGAUUCAGAAUGGAAUCAGUUUUAUAAAGAUUUUGGAGAAUCUUCCCAAAUGACUUCCGAUAAAAUUAAAAAAGUCAAAAAAGUAUUGGAAGCAAGCGGUUUAGUUCGUGAACAGGAGAUAAAAAAAUGCAAAGAUGCAAUAUCAGCUAUGCAGAAAUGUUUGGACGAAUUCACCGAAAAAUAUGACAGACACAUUUUAACAGUCAAACAGAAGCUCGACAGUUUCAAUAAGAUUUUGAACAUCCUCAAGCCUGAUGGUAAAUUUAAAACUAUUGUCGAUCAACUCAAAAAUGAAAAAUUGAUCUUACAUGGAGAAGAAGGAAAAGAUCAAAUUGACAAUUUUUUGGAAUAUUAUCGACAAAAAAAUAACUAUAAUCCUUCAGCUGAACAAAUCAAGACAUUUGUUAUACAAAACAAUUCCAGCAGGACACAUAUUUUGAAGUUUCCGUUGCCUUCCUCACCGAACGCAGGUGUUCCAGGGAAGUCAAAUGUAAGCGUCCAAGAAAUAAUCGACAAUGGAGUUAAGCCGUUUUUCAUUGCGGUUGAAGUGCAAAAUUCAGUAUCUAAGCGUAAAAAAAUACUUCAGGAUAUUGAGAGACAUAAAGAUAAAUGGGUACGCAAAAAAAAAAUUGCUGCGUACGACAUUGUGAUUAUAUUUGAUGCUGAUGCGAAGGGCCCUCACAAAUACAAACGGGCUAAAAUUUUGAAAAAAGAAGCGAGCACGUCCAAAGUCUCGCUCCUUGACUUUGGCGGCUUUGAAGUUACAGUCGAAAAUAGUUCAAUCGGUGAAAUUCAGGAAAUCUCUAUCGAUGGGCACAAAACUUCCUUCCUUGCUACACUAACGGAAAUUGUUGAUGUGAAAUGUGGCAUUGAGCGCGAGAGUUGGAUUUCCAACAUUCCCGCGGAUAAUUCGCGUAAGGCUACGCACAUACAUUUAAUUGAUUAGUCAGAGCGAAGCUUUUUUUAUUUUUUUUACAAUUCAAACAUUUUUUCCAUUCUGGAUGUUCAGGUCUCAAGUUAUUGAACUUAUAUUUUAAUAUUCGUUUCUACAGCAAAACAUUUUUCGAUUCUCAUAAUAAUAGAAUCUGAACAAAAUGGAAAUAACAUAAUAAGCAAACCAAACUCACAAUAUUUUUUAUAUCCGUCAGUAUUUUGUUUAUAACAAAAUAUCAAAAGCCCAAUAAUUUUAUUCCAUCUGGAUAAAGUUACCGGUUCUUAACUUUUUUAACUUACAAUGAAUUACUUAAUGAACAUUCGUUGCCUACAUAUUUAAUUUAACCCUAUUGUAAAAAAUUCAUGCAUCAAAAAUUAUAACCUGUCAUCUUAUAUCAUAAUUUAUCUUCCAACAAUGAAUAAAGAAAUUAUAUUA